CCACCCAGGCACCCAGGCUCCCUGCCGCAUGGCGCUGGUCUCCCGGCCCAACAGUCCAUAAAUCAUCGAACGCGCGCCAUCUCUGAUGUCCAAUCUUGACAAUUCCAUCCUCACCGAACCUCUCUCAUCAUGGCACUCAUCUCGGCACGAACCAUACUCACAUCGCUCUGCCUUUUCCACAUCACCCUGGGCUUCUUCUUCUUCACCAACCCAGGCACAGUGGCCGAUCAAGCAGUGGUCUACCUGCUAGGCGAAUCCAUGGGCCUGCCGCACUCACGCGCCUUCGAAACACCCUCGCCCGCGCUCGCCUUCCUCGCCGUCGUCCUCGCCACCUCGGGCAUCAGCGACCUCGCGACGCUCUCCCUGCCAGACGACAUCUGCCUGGUGCACUACUGGGGCAUGCAGGCGCCGCUGCGGCUGACGCUGUCGCUCGGCCUGGCGCUCUACUCCUUCUUCUUCAGCGCGUCCUCGCCGCUCGCCUUCCUCCUCGCCGGCCGCAACGGCGACCCCAACAACCAUGCCGCUUUCCCCUCCUCGUCCUCGUCGUCCUCGUCCUCGUCCUCGUCGUCGUCGUCGCCGGGGCGCUGGUUCGCCCACCCUUCCGUGGUCGGGAGCAGUGGUGAUGCCGGCGGCGGCGGCGCGGCGCUCCAGAACCGGCUGUUCUUCACCUUCGUCUUUGUCGAGACCAUGAGCUGGUUCUGGGUCUGGGUGACGCUGCAGGAGGAGCGGCGCGAGGUGCUGGCGCGCAAGGCGAGGCGGCGGAGUAGCAGCUCCGGAUACCCGGUGGGGCGUUGAAGGCAGGCGAUAUUCAUUUUUUUUUUUUUUUUUUCUUCGUUUGGUGACCCAUAUCGUGGUCAAGAGUUGCGAUAUAAACUAUCUCUGAGGCGAGCAUUGAACUGUGGUCUUGAUUUUCUCUUGAGUGCAUGCUUGGCUUAGGACAUGAUGACAACUCAGCAUACAUAGCGAGC